CUUGCUUGCUGCUUUUCUUCCAACUUCAGAAGCGGUUCGGGCGCUCGAGGGGGCAGUUUGGGCACUGCGCCUGGUCGCUGAGCGCAGGCCUGUACUGUAGUGUCAGGACUAGGUCAGACAAGGACGAGUCUGGGUGGUUUGGAUGGGGACGGUCCGGCCUCAGACAAGGGGUCGGGGUGGAUGUGCCCACCCCCCGUUUGUCUCUGAUGCCGCGUACAUGAAAACUUCCACUGGGGGUUCAACCGUAAAACAAGACAGACCCCUCCCGGCCAGAUGUACCGGCUGAUCUGUCCCAGCGUGAGAUUUUUAAUUGGAAUAAAACAGUCGGGGUCUUCCCGUUGGCAGGAUUUGAAACCUGACGAGGCUGCAGCAAGGACGCGCGGGGGGCGCAGGCGCGCGUUGAGGCUGUCUUGAUUCCUCCUCCUUGUCUGUUGUUCAGGCUUGGCAUCGCCCGCAUCCCUGGUCCCCGGCGCUGAGUGCCUGCCGCGUGCUACGCCAUGUACAGCAAGAAGUCCUACGACGGCGCGCCCAUCAGCUACGGCCCCCCGGGCGAUGAGUACGGCUACGAUGCCCAGUCGCCGCCCCCCGGCUCCUACUACAUUGAGGACGUGCCCCAGCACUUCUACAAGUGGAGCUCGCCCCCCGGCGUGGUGCGGAUACUGGAGGCCGUGGCCAUCCUGCUCUGCAUCGCCAUCUUCGCCUGCGUGGCCUCCACCCUGGCCUGGGAGUACGGCCUGGGCUACAGCGGCUUGUACGGCAGCGGGAUGGGCGGCUACUACGGCGGGACGGGCUACUACGGUGGGGCAAUGGGCUACGGCGGGGGCUACGGCGGCUACGGGAGCUACUACGGCGGGGUAACAAACCCGCGGGCGGCCAAUGGGUUCAUGAUGGCCAUGUCGGUGCUGUGCUUCCUGGCGCUGCUGGGGCUUUUUGUGGUCAGCCUCACCAAGGGCAGCGGGUCGCGGUCUCGCAAGUUCUACCUGGUGGUGAUCGUGCUCUGCGCCAUCAUGGCCUUCCUCAUGCUCAUCGCCUCCAUCGUCUACAUCAUGGGCGUCAACCCACAGGCCCAGAUGUCGGGCAGCUACUCCUACAGCCCCAUGUUGACCAUGUGCAACCAGAUGUAUGCCACCGGCGGUGCCUACCUCAACCAGUACCUGUACCACUACUGCACCGUGGACCCCCAGGAGGCUAUCGCUAUCGUCUGUGGGUUCCUCAUCGUCAUUAUCCUCUGCGUCAUCUGUGUCUUCGCUCACAAGACCCGCAGCAAGAUCUGGCAGUAUGGGAAGCCGAACAUCUACUGGGACAAGCCGCUGGCCAUGCAGGAGGGCCCCAAUGUGGAGGAGUGGGUGAAGAAUGUCGCCAAUGGCACCAGCACCCACGACGAGACGGCCACGCUGGCCUACUCCGAAAAGCCGACCAGCCCCGUGCACGCCAUGCCCAGCGCCUACAUCUACCCGCCCCCGCCGAGCACCUACUACGCCCCUGAGAGCUGCCACAUCACCAGCUCCCCUGCCCCCGUGAGCGAGGGCCAGCCGGCUACAACGUUUAGCACCAGCACGCUGGAGGAGAAGGGGCGGGAGAGCACCAGCCGACCAUCUGCCCGGCGGGGCCGGCGCCGCAGACGCAACCCCGAGCUGGACGAGUCGCAGUACGAGACGGACUACACCACGGCCAUGGAGUCCAGCGACGAGCGCGACAAGGACGAGUGGGGCAGCGUGUACCCCCCGAUCACCUCGGACGGUGCCCGGCAGGAGUACAAGCAAGUGUUUGAUGUGGACCUCAAGCACUACAAGCAGCUGUGCGCCGAGAUGGACAACAUCAACGACCAGCUGAACCAGCUCAGCAAGCAGCUGGACAGCCUCUCGGAGGACAGCCCCCAGUACCAGGGCGUUGCUGAGGAGUACAACCGGCUGAAGGACUUGAAGCGGAGCCCCGACUACCAGACCAAGAAGCUGGAGAGCAAGUCCCUGCGCAACAAGCUGUUCCACAUCAAGCGGAUGGUGAGCGACUACGACAAGCUGCGGGGAUAGCCCAGCAGGGCAGGGCGGGCAGCCGGACCCCGACGGAGGCGGGUAGCAGCUGCCCGGUGCCAGGAUCAGCCUCUGCAUCCCGGAGAUGCCGAAGACGUGGACCCUGUGCCCCAUUGUACAUACGUUUUCGACAAGCAGAGCCUCUGCCUUCGUGCCACUUCCCAACCAUGCCCAGCUGAGCCAUGGAAAGACUCAAGCCAGCUCUGUGGGUGGCCAUGGGCAUGACCGUGACCCCCUGCAGUCCAUAAUGGCAUCCCAGUGGGCACCAGUAAUGCCCACGUUGAGCCUGGGAGUGGCUGAGGGCACCAGGCCCUGGAGCUGGCUCGUGCCUUCACCUGUAAAUGUGUACAUACGUGUAAAUGAGCCUGUUUUUACCAUGAUCCUGGGGGCCUUCCUGGCCGGCUGCUGGCAACCCCUCGGUGCAAGUCCCUCGCCCCACGCAGGGGGCUGGGGUCAGCCCAGGCACGGGCACUGCUCCCCUCGGAGCCAUGAUGGGACCUCUGCCAUUGGCUCUGUCCCGGGGGCAAGGACGAGGGUCUCGGCUUGGGGAGCUGCAUGGAUCGCCCGCGAAAGGGACCCCACUCUGGAGCAAGUCAGCUACCAGGGGCUUCCCCCUCUUGCUCGUUCCCCCCUUGAGAAUUGCCCCCAUGUCCAGUGUCAUCCUGAGCCUGGAGGAGGGCAGGACCCCGUGUGCCAGCCCCUGCUCCAUGCCGGCACCCCCAUCCCUACCCAGCUGAGCCAGCACCCCCUUCCCCAGCCUCCUUCCUGUUGGUUUUUGUAUUUUCUACUCUCACAAAAGAAACCUAUGGCAUUU